GCAUUUAAAUAAUCCGAAAAGAAAAGAAAAUUUGGCGACGGAACGUUAUUUCGAUCAGUUUGUCGCGGGGUCGGUUUGCAAACGGUUGUGCAGGUCUAACUGAAUAAACUAGAACUAGUAUUUUUGGAUUGUUGAGAGUACAACACAUAAGAGAAUGUAUCAAUUGAAAAACUUAGCACGUCAGGCCGCUGUCCGUCAGCAGGAAGUUGCUACUUUGGUCAAGGCUUUACCAGCAGCCUUACAGACUCGCGGUUAUGCUGAAUACCAAAUCCCUGAACGCUUGAAGGAUGUGCCCACUGCCAAGGACCCACGUUUCUUCGACAUGGUGGAGUACUUCUUCCACCGUGGUUGUCAAAUUGCCGAAACCCGCCUUAUUGAUGACAUGAAAGGAAAACUUUCGCUGGAGGAAAAGAAAAAUAGGGUCAAGGGUAUUUUGAUGCUUAUGCAACCAUGUGACCAUAUCAUCGAAAUUGCCUUCCCAUUACGUCGCGAUUCUGGCGAAUAUGAAUUAAUUACCGGCUACCGUGCUCAACACAGUACCCAUCGUGUACCAACCAAGGGCGGUAUCCGUUUCUCUUUGGAUGUUUCACGUGAUGAAGUCAAAGCCUUGUCUGCUCUGAUGACAUUCAAGUGCGCCUGUGUCGAUGUACCAUUCGGUGGCGCCAAGGCUGGUCUCAAGAUCAACCCUAAAGAGUACUCCGAACAUGAAUUGGAGAAGAUCACCCGCCGUUUCACCCUUGAGUUGGCCAAGAAGGGUUUCAUUGGACCCGGUGUCGAUGUGCCAGCCCCCGAUAUGGGUACAGGAGAGCGUGAAAUGUCCUGGAUUGCCGAUACAUACGCCAAGACCAUUGGCCAUUUGGAUAUUAACGCACACGCUUGUGUAACUGGAAAGCCCAUCAACCAAGGUGGUAUCCAUGGACGUGUAUCUGCUACAGGUCGUGGUGUUUUCCACGGUCUCGAGAACUUCAUCAAUGAGGCUAACUACAUGAGCAUGAUUGGCACUACACCCGGUUGGGGCGGCAAGACAUUCAUCGUUCAAGGUUUCGGUAAUGUCGGUCUCCACACUUGCCGUUACUUGACACGUGCUGGCGCCACCUGCGUCGGUAUCAUUGAGCACGAUGGCUCCAUCUACAACUCAGAAGGUAUUGACCCCAAGGAAUUGGAAGACUACAAGAACGAACACGGCACGAUUGUCGGUUUCCCUGGCGCCAAGCCCUACGAAGGUGAGAACUUGAUGUUCGAACCAUGCGACAUCUUUGUGCCAGCUGCUGUUGAGAAGGUCAUCACCAGCGAAAAUGCUCACAAAAUCCAGGCUAAGAUCAUUGCCGAGGCUGCCAACGGCCCAACCACACCAGCUGCCGAUAAAAUUUUGAUCGAACGUAACAUUUUGGUCAUCCCCGAUUUGUACAUCAACGCUGGUGGUGUCACCGUUUCGUUCUUUGAAUGGCUGAAGAACUUGAACCACGUCUCAUACGGUCGUCUUACAUUCAAAUACGAACGUGAAUCCAACUAUCAUCUUUUGGCCUCAGUCCAACAAUCAAUUGAAAGAUUUGUUUUAGACGAAUCCGUACAGGAAUCCUUGGAACGUCGUUUCGGUCGUGUCGGUGGCCGUAUCCCCGUAACUCCAUCAGAAGCAUUCCAGAAGCGCAUCUCUGGUGCCUCUGAGAAGGAUAUCGUGCACUCCGGUUUGGAUUACACCAUGGAGCGUUCGGCGCGUGCCAUCAUGAAGACCGCCAUGAAAUACAACUUGGGUCUGGACUUGAGAACCGCCGCUUAUGUGAAUUCCAUUGAAAAGAUCUUCACCACCUAUCGCGACGCUGGUUUGGCUUUCUAAGCGCUACGUAUUUGAGUCUACGCAUUAACACUUAAUUAAUCUUAAGCAUGGAGCAAACAGUAAAGCAAAGACGCAUCAUUCAGCUAUCAAAUAAAUAUUAUAAAAUAAACAUACGUAUAUUAAACUCACUCACACACACUCCAAAAACCAAAAACCAAAACGUAAACAAAACCAUUAGUGUUUGUAAUAUCAAUUUGUUCAAUGCGUUUGUAAUUGGAGGAAAUCGAAUAUGGAAAAUAAAUUUCACCAAAUUAAAUGUUCGUUAAAUGUAAACUAAUGUCAACAUCCUGCCAAUCUUCUUAAGUGUAAUUCAACAUUCAUAUGUGCGACAAGCGAAAACUCUAUAAAUACGCAUAAAACUGUAAAAAGUGGCUUCCGAACACAUCUUGGUUGCCACUUCGGGUGCUACGCGGCGCUAAAUUUUCGAUGUUAUUCAUUAACUCUUAAAUGUACUAGCUGUAGUUUAUUUCCCCAUAAAGAACCGACCUAAUGGCGCUGUAUUAAUAAUAAUUCAUGUUAUCUUCUGUUUUUAAAGUAGUUUUGUGUUGAUAUUUAACUUUAAGUUUUAAAAAGUGAAGCAAUGCAUUUUAUUGUAAAUUGAUUUAUGAAAGGAAAGAGAAUGGAGUAUAUAGAAUUAUGAGCUGUAUCACGAUAACAUUUUAACUCUAAAUAUAUUAAAAACAAAACAAUAAAUAAAAAACUCAAA